UGUGACGUAUGACGUCGGUGACGUAUGACGUGAGACGACGGGACUACUCUCGGCGGUGAGUUUAAAGAGUCUCGGUAGGAGGGCAGCAGUGGAAGUAGCUCUCUAACUUACCGAAAACACUACCGGCUCGGUUUGAACCGGAGGAGAUGCCGCAACACAGCAUGCCACUGCAGGAUCUGCCCUGCAGCAGCCUCCAGGGCUCCAUGUCGUCUCAGGCCAAGAGAAUCAACAAACGCAAGUCUAAAGGCGGCCUCAAUGACUGCCUGGAUAUCGAAAGCACCCCGACAGAGCUCAUCCAGCAGUGGUCCCCACUCCACAAGCACCAACGGCUCACUAGCAAGGGCAAAGAAAACGAUGGCAACCAGUUUGUCCUGGCCAGGAGGUCCAGGAGGAAAAGGGAACCCCCGUCAUCAGACAUUUCAUGGGACCACCUGCCCGACGAGCUGCUCCUCAGGAUCCUCUUCUACAUUCCUCUACAGGACCUCCUCAGGAUGUCCACAGUUUGCCAGCGCUGGCGUCGCUUAGCGUUUGAUGAGUCUCUGUGGCACAGCGUGGAUCUGGAGGGUUUGACCCACAUGGGUCCAGCUCUGCGGCAGGUGCUGAAGACUGGAGUCCGCAUGCUGCGCUGCCCUCGCUCCUUCGUGGAAGAGCUGCACUUCACAGGCUCAGGCCCUCUGCAGAUAGUUGUGAUGGAUCUGUCCAGCUCCAUCAUCCCCACCUCAUCUCUGGAGAGCAUCAUCUGUCACUGCAGGCAGCUGGAGUAUCUGAGUUUGGAGGGUCUGCAGCUCUCGGACACCAUCCUCAGCUCUCUGUCUAAGAACCCAAACCUGCUGCAGCUCAAUCUGAGCGGCUGCUCCGGCUUCUCUGCUCCGGCUCUGGCUGACCUGCUCCAGUCCUGCUCCAGCAUAGAGCAGUUGAACAUCGCAUGGUGUGACUUCAGCAAUGAUCAUGUGAAGAGUGUUGUGGAUAGUGUGAGCUCUGGUGUUACUCACCUCAACCUCAGCGGCUACAGAGAGAACCUCACACUAGACGAUGUGAAGGCGCUGGUGACCAGAUGCCCCCGUAUACAAACACUAGAUUUAAGUGACAGCACUCUGCUGAUGGCCGACAGCCUCCCGGUCCUCAGACAGCUGAAGGAUCUGCUGCAUCUCUCCCUGAGUCGCUGCUAUCACAUCCACCUCGCCGCUCUGACAGACUUGGAUAAGAUGUUGCCCGUGCUGAUCCUGCUGGACGUGUUUGGCAUCGUGAGCGGCAGCCACCUGUCCUCUCUGAAGAAGGAGAUGCCUCGCGUCGGCAUCAACUCCAGGCCGUUCUCCAGCAUCGCCCGGCCCACGCCCGCCUCCAGGCCCGUCGGCUGCGUCAUGUGGAACAGGAAGUGUCGCCUGAGGUUCAGACUGUAACACACUGCACACCUCCGUCAUGUCUCCAGCCCAGCGUGCGUAAUGGAGCCAUGUUUCCCUGUUGCUGCUAUGGGGAUGUUUUAAGGGUAGUGAAGGUCACUUCCUGGACUGGACUCGGUACUGAACAUGUACGCUUGUAGACAAAUGGAAUACUUCAUUUAAGGAGUUCAGAUUUGGAUUUUGUGUCCACUUCUUGUUGGAAUGUGUUCACAAACAUUUUAAUGGAUUUUUAGAUCAGUUUUAGUUUGUAAUGUGUUAAUUUAAAAAUCUUUUGUAAGGGAUACAUUGGCAGAUGUAAGAUGUCUGAAUAUUUGACAGCUGAUUCAGCAAACAUUUGAAUAAUACUGAUGACAGAUGUCUUCGCAGCUGUAAUAAUGCGUGAACAUUUGAAUGAGUAUACACUGAUGUGUCUUGAAUGGCCAAGCAGUCCGUAUUCUUGUCUGCAGGUUUUUAUGAUGAGCUCAUCGUCACUGUGCUUGUGCUCUAUCACCAUGUAUAUGCUGUCUAAAUAUAAUGAAAGAUGAGCUUGAACAAGUAAACCACUGAAUACCCAACCGGCUCUGUUCUCGGGUUAACAGGCAGGACUUCUUCAGACGCGCCACACUGUACCACCAACUUCACUUCAUCUAGUACAACUUUUAUAUCUCAUCAGUUGAUGUCAUUUAUUGACUUUCAGUGUGUUUGUGCCGGUCAGUACCAUGGCUGAAUAAAGGUGAUGUUCUGCACAUGUG